AAAGUCUUCAGUGCCAGUCCAGUUGUUGUGGUGAAUCAAAAUAAAGAGGAAAAGAAAAAAGAAGAAGAAGCUGUCAACCAACAUCAGAAUGAUCCAAGCUUCAUAGAAGACAGAAUGAAGCUUUAUGAAGCACUGAAAAAAGAACAUGAUACUUUGCUAGCUUACCGAGCGGCCAACCAGAGCAAACCUAUCAAAAUUAUUCUGACAGAUGGAAAGAUAGCUGAAGGAGAAUCUUGGAAAACCACACCAUAUCAAUUAGCUGUAGGAAUUAGUCAAGGGUUGGCUUCAAAUACAAUCAUAGCCAAAGUGAAUGGUGAAUUGUGGGACCUGGAUCGUCCACUGGAGGGAGAUUGUACCCUGGAGCUGCUUAUGUUUGAUAAUGAAGAAGCAAAAGCUGUUUAUUGGCAUUCAAGUGCACAUAUUCUUGGAGAGGCCAUGGAAGGUUAUUUUGGGGGCUGUUUAUGCUAUGGACCACCAAUUGAGAACGGAUUUUAUUACGACAUGUAUAUUGAAGAUAGAGGUGUAUCCAGUACUGAAUUCCCACUACUAGAGAACAGCUGUAAAAAUAUCAUAAAAGAGAAGCAGGCUUUUGAAAGGCUGGAAGUCAAAAAGGAGAUCCUGUUAGACAUGUUUAAGUAUAACAAGUUUAAGUGUCGUAUCCUUAAUGAGAAGGUGAACACGCCAACUACCACAAUAUACAGAUGUGGUCCACUGAUUGAUCUCUGCAAGGGUCCACAUGUGAGACACACUGGAAAAAUUAAGGCCCUUAAAAUAUUUAAGAAUUCCUCUACAUAUUGGGAAGGCAAGUCUGACAUGGAAACUCUGCAGAGAAUAUAUGGAAUAUCCUUUCCUGAUAACAAAAUGAUGAAGGAAUGGGAAAAAUUCCAGGAAGAAGCCAGAAACCGGGAUCAUAGGAAAAUUGGAAAGGAGCAAGAACUCUUCUUCUUUCAUGAUCUGAGUCCUGGAAGCUGCUUUUUCCUCCCCAGAGGUGCCUUUCUUUAUAACACACUUGUGGAUUUCAUACGAGAGGAAUAUCACAGGCGUAAUUUUACUGAAGUUGUAUCUCCAAACAUUUUCAACAGUAAACUCUGGGAAGCUUCAGGACACUGGCAGCACUACAGUGAAAACAUGUUCUCUUUUGAGGUCGAGAAGGAAACUUUUGCCCUUAAACCGAUGAAUUGUCCAGGACAUUGCUUGAUGUUUGCCCAUCGUCCACGAUCCUGGAGGGAAAUGCCUCUUAGACUUGCAGAUUUUGGAGUUCUUCACCGAAAUGAACUCUCUGGGACUUUAAGUGGCUUGACUCGUGUAAGGCGCUUCCAACAAGAUGAUGCUCACAUCUUUUGCACAAUAGAACAGAUUGAAGAAGAAAUUAAGGGCUGUCUUGAGUUCUUGAGGUCAGUGUAUGCUGUCUUUGGUUUUACCUUUCAACUACAUCUCUCUACAAGACCAGAAAAUUAUCUGGGAGAGUUAGAGAUCUGGGACCAUGCAGAAAAGCAACUUCAAAACAGCUUGGAUAACUUUGGAGAGCAAUGGAAUUUGAAUCCAGGAGAUGGAGCAUUUUAUGGUCCUAAGAUUGAUAUUAAAAUCAAAGAUGCCAUUGGCAGGUACCAUCAGUGUGCUACUAUCCAACUUGACUUCCAACUACCCAUUCGAUUUAAUCUUACUUAUGUUGGUAAGGAUGGCGAUGAUAAGAAAAGGCCAGUGAUUAUUCACAGAGCUAUUUUGGGAUCUGUGGAGAGAAUGAUAGCUAUUCUAGCAGAAAAUUAUGGAGGAAAAUGGCCGUUCUGGCUGUCUCCACGGCAGGUCAUGGUUGUGCCUGUGGGACCUACUUCUGAAGAGUACGCCCGUCAGGUUUGCAGUGAAUUUUUUGAAGCAGGAUUUAUGUCAGAUGUGGAUCUAGAUCAAAGUUGCACAUUAAACAAGAAAAUUAGAAAUGCACAGCUGGCCCAGUAUAACUUUAUCUUAGUGGUUGGAGAAAAGGAGAAGGCAAAUAACGCUGUCAACGUGCGAACAAGAGACAACAAAGUUCAUGGAGAGAUUUCAGUAUCUUCUGCUAUUGAAAAGCUCAAGAAAUUUAAGAGUUCACAUAUUCCAAAUGCAGAAGAAGAAUUCUAA